CAUUUCAUUUAAUUUCAUCUCAGUUGAUUAAUGUCUCAAAUUAAUCAUCUUCGUUUCAUUUCAUUUCAUCUCACUCCAUAUUAUCAUUUUGCAUAAAAAUAAUAAUAUAAAUUAAAAUAAGAAAUGACUUAAAGGUCUUAGUUACCAGGUCACACUACCCUGAAAAAAAACACGAUAACAUAACCUACAAAAUAAAGUUUAAAAAAUAAUUGAACGAAAAUAAUAUAUUUAUUAGUCUUUAUUCUUUAAUAACCAUAACGUCCAUAACCAAUCUCAUGAAUUAUUAGAAUCACCGCGAAUUUUAAAAACGGAAUCGACUAUGAUAAUAUAACAUAGUAAAAAGCAAAUAUUUUUAACAAAACAAUUCAACAUAUUGAACAAUUCAUUAUUUUUUAAUGUGUUUUUGUUAGAAGUUAAAUAAUGCCCGCUGCCGAUCUACUCUCGAGUCAAGGACUACGUCUUGACGGGCGGAGACCCAAUGAAUUACGUCGGAUAAGAUGUAAACUUGGUGUAUUCACCCAGCCUGAUGGAAGUGCGUAUCUCGAACAAGGAAACACGAAAGUGCUUGCAGCCGUGUAUGGACCCCAUCAGGCUUCAAAAUCGAAGAUGUCGACAGAAGCUGUAGUUGUCAACUGCCAAUACAGUAUGGCUACAUUCUCAACAGGUGAACGAAAGAACCGACCUCGCGGGGACCGCAAGUCACAAGAAAUGUCAAUGCAUCUCCGACAAGCUCUAACUGCUGCUAUUAAAACUGAAAUGUAUCCAAGGUCGCAAAUAGAUAUAUACAUAGAAGUAUUACAGGCCGAUGGUGGUACGUAUUGUGCCAGCGUGAAUGCAGCCAGUCUAGCGCUGAUAGACUCUGGUAUACCUCUGAGAGCGUACGUGACCGCCUGCUCGGCGUCCCUGGGCCGACAAAGCGCCACCCACGAGCCCCUGGUGGACGUUAGUCACAUCGAGGAAGCAGCCGAUGGAGUAUGUUUGACCGUAGCCAGCUUACCCAGCACAGGAAGCAUAGCGCUAUUGGAGAUGUCAAAUCGUCUCCACAUGGACCAUUUCAACAUUGUAUUGACCAGAGCUAUGCAGGGCUGCAGAGAUAUAGAGGUGAUCCUAGACGGAGCUGUGAGACAACAUUUGGCAGAGGGAUGGACGAAACAAGAUGUAAUAACGAUAUGAAACAAAAUAUAUUACGAUUUAUAAUUAAUUUCAUAAACAAA